AUGCUCGACGCAACAAAUGAGAUCAAGCUCCUCACGGGCUCCAGCCACCCAACGCUGGGUCGGUUGAUUGCUGAACGUCUCGACAUUGAGAUCGCCAAGACGAUGAGCAUCAAUGAUUCAAAUCAAGAAACUAGCGUGACCAUUGGCGAGUCCGUGAGAGAUGAGGAUGUGUUCAUCCUGCAGUCCACAGCUCCGGGUGACAUCAACAACGGGCUGAUGGAGCUCCUGGUCAUGAUCCAUGCUUGCCGGACCGCAUCUGCCCGGCGGAUCACCGCUGUUGUGCCCAACUACCCCUACGCUCGUCAGGACAAGAAGGACCGCAGUCGUGCACCCAUCUCGGCGAAGCUGGUUGCCGACAUGUUGGUCCAGGCUGGCUGCAACCAUGUGAUCACGAUGGACCUCCAUGCCUCGCAGAUUCAGGGUUUCUUUAACAUCCCGGUCGACAAUCUGCUUGCGGAGCCGAGCGUUCUGCGGUUCAUUCGCGAACACCUUCCCCUGCAGGACACUGCGAUUGUGAGCCCUGACGCGGGCGGCACCAAGCGCGUGACGGCAAUUGCAGACCGUCUUGACCGGCCAUUCGCCCUGAUCCACAAGGAACGGCCACAGCCGGGAGUCGUGGGCCGCAUGAUUCUGGUGGGCGACGUUCGGGAUAAAGUGGCCAUCAUUAUUGACGAUGCAGCGCAAACAGUCAUGGACCACGGUGCACGAGAGGUGGUUGCCAUUGUGACCCACGGUAUUCUCAGUGGCAAGGCUGUGCAGACCAUCAACGAGAGCUGUCUGUCGCAGCUGAUCGUGACGAACACGGUCCCUCUGGGCGACAAGCUCGAGCGAUGCCCCAAGAUCCGCAUCAUCGACGUCAGUGCCACAAUUGCAGAGUCGAUCCGGCGGACACACCACGGCGAGAGCACCUCAUUCCAACGACACUUUGGUAUUGAUGCAAACAUCAAGGGUCUCUUGACUGCCUCAGCCAAUAUUGGAGGAAUCCUCGGCGGCCUCUUCUCUGGUCACGUCGUCGACAAAUGGGGCCGGAAAAUGGGCAUUUUGAUUUCGGCACUGAUAGUACUGGUCUCUUGCAUCCUCCAUUCGACGUCAACCACUCUGGGACAGUUCUUUGUAGCCCGGAUCCUUGUCGGGUUUGCAAAAGCGAUGGACAUUGCCUCUGUGCCUACCUACCUGGUAGAGCUAGCACCUCCAGCUCAUCGCGGCUUUGUAGCAGGCCUUUACUGGGCAUGCUGGCUUCUGGGAGCCAUCAUCUCCUCGGGCGUUGGAUACGGUGCCAGAAGCGUGGCAGGACAAUGGAGUUGGCGAAUCAUCUGCAUCUGUAUGGCUGGCCCCGCGCUGUCCUGCAUUGCUCUCCUCCCGUUCGUUCCAGAGUCUCCGCGCUGGCUGAUGUCUCGUGGCCAAGACGAACAAGCGCUCAAAGUGCUGGCUAGAUUCCACGGUGGUGGAGAUGAAGAGCAUCCAUUGGUCGUUUCCCAAUUCCGAGAAAUCAAGGAGGCAAUCUCCUAUGAACAGGACAACAAGUUCGAGACGUUUAUAGCCUGGUGGAAGGCCUUCACGGCACAAAAGUCGAACCUUUAUCGGGGGUACAUUAUCAUGACUCUCGGUAUCUUCGAACAGACCAUCGGCUCCAGCAUCAUCACGUACUAUCUGAGCAGUGUUCUCAGUCUCGCUGGGAUCACCUCUCAGAAGGAGCAAUUUGCUAUCAGCAUUGGCCAAAAUUGCGUGGCUUUCGCCUCGGCACUUGUUGGUAUUUGUAUCAUUGACAAGGUUGGGCGAGUGCCAAUGCUGGUUGGUGGCACCGCAUUUUGCGCCGCUGUCCUUGCGUGUAUGGCCGGGCUCACGGCAGAUCAGACUGACAAUGAGAACGGAAGGAAUGGCAUCAUUGCAAUGGUCUUCCUCUUCCAAGUCGGCUACUCGUCAACGUGGACGCCCUUGUCUUUCUCGUAUUGUGCCGAAGUGCUCAAUUUCACCAUUCGUGCCAGGGGCAUGGCUUUCUACAACAUUUUCACUUCUUCCACUGGGUUCUUCAAUCAAUACGUGAUUCCUAUCGGACUGGCCAACAUCAAGUGGAGAUUUUAUCUUGUCGGCAUUUGCUGGAACACUCUCGUUACCGUGGUCAUUUUCUUCACGUAUCUCGAGACCAAGGGUUUGACUCUCGAGCAGAUCGAUAAGCGCUUUCAGGGGGUCCCUAGAGAUCAACUCGACAGCAUUGUUGAAGUUUACAACGGAGAAAAGCCGAUCUUGGAGACGGAAAUCGUUUCGAAAUCCGAAAAGGACAAAGACACAAAAAUUACUGUUUAA